CCGAGUAGGUCGGGCCUAAUUCUGUGCCUCUGACUCAGCCUCGGGUGCUCAGCGGCCAGGGGGCAUGAGUAUGAACACUCUAGGUUGGCCCCCGGGGGCUGCGCGCCGGGGCCCGAAAUAGCUCGUUUUGAUCCCACUACCUCGGCCAGGAGCCCGGGCCUGGCAAGGAGUGCGACCAGCUGCUCAGUAGCAAGAGGAAAGUGGUUAAGGUGACCAUCAGGACGGGAUGGCAGUCAAAGUGAAGACAGACGUCCCGGGUUAGCCCGGCAACAGUAGUUAGGGCUGGAACCAGGCCUUAGCUCCUACAAAUAUCCUGGCGGUUAGAAAUAAGGACUGAGUAAAAGCCAGGACUCUUAGCUCUCUUCCAAGCGUCAGCCCGGCCUUUGAUCCUUACUAUUGGUCUGAAAUCUUGCCAAUUACUGCUGCACGCUCCAAUCAAACACGCCCUCUUCCAGUUUCGUCUAGAGAGAACGCCCCUCGGUCGCUUUCCAGUUACUUUUAUUUUCUAGUCUAUCAUUGGUCGCCUUGGAGGCCGCGCUCCGGCUCUGCACGCCCAGAAAGGGGCGGGGCUGACGGCGUUGCUAAGCGAAGAGGAUAGGCGCCGGGCUGUUCCACGAAGGACGUCUGCUGGCACCAAGGCUGCGGUAAAUGCCGACAGACUGACUGCAGCCUGGAGUGGAAACCGUGAAGAGCUUGGGGUGUGCUUGGGUACCAACCCACUCUCACACAUCAAGUCACUGCAGGAUUAGGCAAAUCCUCUCCCACUGAGGCCAGGCAAGGCAGUCCAGUUAAGGGAACAGGGUCCACAGGCAGGCAACAGCCUGUCAGUUUUCACCUCCGAAGACAACCCCUUUGGAAAUGUUCCCCAAGGUGGACAACGCUUUGGGCCAUCAAGAAGCCAGAACUGGAGCCACAAGGUCUCAAAGGCCACAAGCUCCCAAGGCCACAGCAGUCAGUUCUGCUGAGCUGUCUGAGGAGUCCUGGGCAUCCAGUUCAGGGACCCCUUCCCCGUCCAGUACCACCGAGGGACAAAGUACCUCUCCAUCCCUCACCUUAAUUGACAACGAGGACUCAGUAGUAGCCAAGUACAUAAACAGGUUCCGCCAAGCCCAGCCCACUAGCCGAGAGGACCGCCAGCCUGCAGGCCCCACCCCAGCUGACUUUUGGUGGCUACAGCCUACGUCAGACUUGAGCAGUCAGCUUGCAGCAGCAGGAGCUGGUGAACCUACAGGAAGAUCUGCCGUGACAGGUCCCUCUCCCACUGGCAUGUCCAGUACAUCUCUGGCUUCUGCGCCUCUUCAGAAAGUAAAGCAGAGUCUGAACUCAUGGAACUCGUCUCUGCUGGACCUGGAAACCCUGAGCCUACAAAGCCGAGCAGCCAGGUUGCUCAAGCGCAGCAAGGCCUCCCUCUCUUCCUGCUCCCUCAGUCCCAAAGAUGCCAGCGGCUCCUCCUUCCCCAUCAGCUCUGAUGAUCUCUCUUCCUGCUCUGUGACUUUUAAUCUGGACUCCAACAAGAGUUCUAGUCCCAAAAAACCUGUGCUGGGAGCUGCCCCAGCGCCAUCUCAGGCCAUCCCUGUGCCCCGCCCAGCCUCCUCCCAGGCAACCCUUCAUCCUGAGGAAGACAUUUUAUACCAAUGGCGGCAGCGGAGGAAGCUUGAGGAGUCUCUACAAGGUGCAGGUGACGGAACCUGGGUGUUGCCUCGGUCGCCAGCCCUCACCUCUCAGACUUCUGUUUCUGCAGUGAAUCUUGGUUCCCAGGGGACCCAGCCUAACUGUGCUCCACCAUGUGGCAUUGUGGCCCAGCCUCCUCUCCCACAGGCCUUCUACAUGGAGAGGCCACCUCUCUCAGGGCCCUCUCCACAUAUCUGGGCGCCUGGUACCCACGGGGUUCUCUGGGCCCCACAGGCCAAUCCUUGGGUUCCUCUUGGGAUGCUUCCUACCACACUGCUAACCUCCACCCUUGCUCCCUUGGCCUCCUUUCCUGUACCACCUACCUCCACUUCAACUACCUCAGCCCCUACCCCUGCUCUCCAGGUCUCCAUCUCAGGGCCCCCAGCCUCAGCUCCACCUCCCUGCACUUCCACCCUCGCUUCCACUUGCCCACUAGCUGACACCCCCGAGGGACCAACCACCCCUGAGCUGAGUAGCUCUGUCCAGCCCAAGAAGCUGGGCCCCAAGCCAAGGAGGGCGAGCACUUCGUCUCACCAGGGGACUACCGGACCAGACACUGCAGCUUUGGAGGGUCCCUGUUUGCAGCUCAGGGGGGCCCUGGGCCAGGUAGUGACAGCUCGGCUAUUCCCAGACAACCUGGAGGAUACGCCCCCAUCUGAGGCAGAUUCCCGGAAAGUCAAGGCCACCCCUUCUCAAGCCAAAGUUGUGCCCCCUCCAUCCGAGUCUCGGUGUGGGUCCAAGACAGAGUCCCGCAAAAAUAAAGUGACUCUCUCAGCUGAAGCUGGGGAUCCACAGCCAGCUACAGCCCCAAAGGUAUCCACACUGUCAAAGGUCCAGUCACUCGAAUUCGAGACAUCUGCACCCAAGAUGGGAGCAGGUGACCCCUUGACCAUGGCCUUGCCUGCCUCGAGCCACGCUCCUUCCGAGGACUUGCUGUCCCAGGCUGCCCGGCUUCUGCAGGCUGCGGAAGACUCUGACGGCAGCGAGUUUCAGGAAGACCCUGUGUUGCAGGUGCUAAGGGCUCAGAGGGCAGAGCUCCGGCAACAAAAAAGGAAAGUGGAUGCCCAAUUAUCCCUCCUCUUGGACCACGCUGAAGACGCAGGAUCUUCAUCUCCUCCAGCCAGGUCACCCUCCAGGUCCCAGAGAAUGCGGUUGAGGAGGGAAGGAGCCUCCCUUGAGGCCAGACGAAUUUGAAUUAGAAAAAUUCUGUUAUUUUUUUUUUCCUGGGCUGAGGAGAUGGCUCCGUGGGCAAAGAGCUUGCAAGUGUGAAGACUUGAGUUUACCCUGUCUCGAAAACAAACAAACAAACAAAAAAAGACUUGAGUUUAAAUCUCCAGAAUCCACAUAAAGGUUGCUGACGGGCCAACCGGCCAAUGGAGACGGGGUCUCAAUCAAGGUGGAAGGCAAAGGCCAAUCUCCGAAAUUCUCUGACUUCCACACAUGUGCUGUGGGGCACACACAUACAAACCACACACACACACACACACACACACACACAUGCACAGUAAAAAUAAAGUUGUCCCCAGUUACCUUUU